AUGUCAGAUACAAAUCAAUUUUCAUAUUUCUUAUUGUCAAAUUCUACUGCUGAUCGUGUCAAAAUAAUAUCCUCCGACUCUAAAAUAAUCAACUUUGACACAGAGCUUAUUGAUUUAUCCUUUUACCCUCAAUCUAAUGUAAUAUGCAUUGAGGAUAAGCAUAUAUGUUCUCCGACAAAUAUGAAAGUGCUUGUAAUUUCUGGAGAAAAUGGUAUAUUAGCAAACCAGUGGAACGAGUUUGGAAUCUAUGCAGAUCUGAAAAAGCUUACUUUGAGUGAUUCGAAGCAGCAUCAUACAACAAUAGAAGAAAUUGUCGAAAAAACCACUCAAAUUCGUUUUCUUCAGCUCAGAAAUGUUGGACUGACUUCAAUUCCUAUCAACAUUUCAAAUCUGAAACAUAUAGAAUUUCUUGAUCUUUCUCAUAACCAAAUCGAAGAAAUUAACUCUGUACUGUAUUUGACAAGUUUACAAAAACUUAUUCUUGAUUCAAAUAAAGUGAAUCGAAUAGAAAGAGCUAAUUUUCAUGCGCGUUCCCUCCAACAUUUUUCUAUUUCUGGAAAUGUGAUUCAAAAAUUAACUAUGGACAUGGUAAUUAUAAGACAGCUUAGAUAUAUUGAUUUGUCUAAAAAUUCGAUAACUGCUUUUCCUCAUGAACUUUUACUUCUUGAAUCUGUCAAAGUCAUUAACUGUUCCCAUAAUUUAAUAACCACUGUUCCAAUUAUAACAUUUUUGGGGAAACCAGUCCGAAUACACAUUAUAGACUUGUCUUAUAAUAAACUCCGUGUUUUUCCAUAUAACAUGCUGAAAAGAACUGAAAUUUUGGAUUUAGCUCAUAACAGAAUUACUCAACUCAAAGCAAAGUAUUUUUAUAAACUAUCUCAAGAUAGCAACAUAUUUUAUCAAGGGACUACUAUUCUCCUCAUCGGAAAUAAAAACAGCGGAAAAUCUAACUUGAUUCAUUCGAUUUUGCAAAAUCACGGAAUUUAUGGCGAAUAUAGGCCUACUGUGGGGAUUUCAGUUUAUGAUGAACUCGAAAUAGUCUUCCAAGAUGUAGGUGCCGAUUCAAUUCCGGUGAAUAUAAACCUUGUCGAAUUAGCUGGAAAUCAUAACUAUGUAGGACCACUAGAAGAUUUUUAUAAUCAAAUUCCUAUCAUUUGGCUUGUCGUAAAUCUGAAGGAAUACGAAAAUGAAGGAUUUGAGGAAUGUUUAAAACCUUGGAUUGACCUGCUUUCAUAUCGUGCUCUCGAUAAACAUUUAGUUGUUGUUUGCACACAUAAAGAUCUGUGUCGAAAUUCGACUCAACUGUUGAUAACAAUAAAAAAACAAACCGAAGAGUAUAUUGAAAACUCGUUUGAACUAAUGAGAACUUUAAAAACGAAAAUAAGUCAAUUUGAUGAUCAGAUUCCUGGUAUUGCAGAAUUUUUACGAAGACUUCAAUUGAUAUCAGAAGCUAGUGGUGUUACGCUGAUUGGUGUGGACAAACUUUUGAACCAAAGCAUCGAUAUAAUCAAAAAAUACUGUUGUUUUGCCUUAAAGCCAAUUCCUUCUCGGUGGAUGGAUUUUAUUGACUUUUUUGAAACCCCCGAAGACGGGAAAAAACAAAAAAUUAUCUGGAAUAAAGAUUUAUCGACUUUUAAAACUACUUUGGUGACAAAUCUCUCAAUAUUUGCAGAUAUGAUUGCAAAAUUGUUUCACCAUGACGUGGAAAGUCUUGUAAUGUCUACUACCAGAGAAACUCUGAAUGAACUUGGAAUCAGUCAAAAAGUUCUUAACAAGGCAAUUGCUGAGCAUCGUAAUGGACUGUUAACCCCUCCUUUACUCCGUUUAUUGUGGAUUCAGCAUCACGACGAUAUUAUUCGUUACAAUAAACAUGAAGAAGAUAGCUCAUGCUAUAUACAAAAACUGUCAAUAAUUAAAGAUUAUUUCAAGUCAAUUUAUUUUAAGAAAACUAAAGGUGAUUCAUAA